UACAUGUUAACCUAAAGUAUAAAAACCUUUUCAUAAUUACAUUGGAGACAUACUAAGAUGGCCGCAGAGAGCCCAGGAUAAACAUUAAAACCUAGGGGAAACUUACGCCGAAGAAGGACUUCGAUAUAACUUCUGAACGCUUUGCAGAAAUUCUGAGACAAAUCAAGAAAGAAAUGGGAAACGUUUUCAAAUCAGUAGAAAAUGCUGCAACUAAAUAUGAUGAUCCGAAGAAAAAGCAAAAAGAAGACAUUGAAACCAAGAUGUCUACAGAAAAGUUGGAAAAGCCUGAAAUUGAAAAAGAAUUUGCAGAAGUACAGAAAACAAUUACAGAAUUUGAGCAAACCAAAUUGAAAAAGAAACCUACUGUUCUAGAGACACUUGCUUCAGAGCAGAAAGAGGAGAUGGCAGAAAAUGCCUCAGAUGAAAGUGAGGCAGAUUAUGAGCAAGCCAAGUUACAAUGGCAGGGAGAGAUGAUAGCAUCAUACUGUAAGAAUUUGCUAAAAGUACAAGCAAUGCCUCUACUACCACGAGGUCAGAAAUGUAGCUUCAGUGAGAUUUAUGUUAGGCCCACUAUAAAAAGAGAAAUAAAAAUAGAGAAAGAGGAGACAAAGGAAAUAAUGGUCAAGUCAAUGUCAGAAAUCUUCACAAAGAAUGGUGUGCCUUUAAGAAAAAUAUAUGUUCUUGGAGAUGCCGGAUCUGGUAAGAGUAGCUUCUGUAAAUAUUUGGUCAACUGUUGGUGUAUUGCAAAAACUGAUGCACAAAUUGUAGAAGAUGAGUUUGAUGGUGUAAAGGAAAUGAAGAAAUUUGAUAUCAUGUUUUAUAUCUCGCUAAAACAUAAUCGAAACAUAGACAGGGUCCAAGAUAUGAUAAAAAAUCAGUAUGAUAUCGACAUUUCAAGCCCAGUUCUCAAAAAGAACUCUGCAAAGAUUAUAAUAUUGCUUGAUGGCUUAGAUGAAUGGUCUUCUGAAAGAAAGUCCUACCAUCAGUUCCAGACAAUGAGUCUCCCAAAACAAGAUGUAAAUAAAGACUACACAGUAGUAACAACAUCACGGCCAUGGAAAGUUCACACCUUUGGAAUAAAUGAAACAGAGAUUGACCAAUUAUUGAAUCUGAAAGGGUUUGAUGAGAGAUGUGAAAGGGAACUGAUAGAUAGAACAGUCUUGCAAUUAAAUUCCAGCAGGAAUGCUAGUAAAGAUGCCAAGGUUUGUAAACAAAAGCUAGAAGAAAAGUCUCUGAAAAAAUUAAAACAGUUACCAAUUUUGCUACAUUUACUGAUUUGUCUAUGGUUUGACGGUAAACUCGAUAAAACCACAAGCUGUGCCAUCUACACAGGCAUGUUAGAGCUUUUCUUUACAUGGAAUGACAUGAAAACAACUGGAACAAGUACUGGACACAUAAAGGGUGCUCAGAAAGAAGAUCUUCCUAAGUACUUAGCAGAUAAAAACAUAUUAAAAUUAAACAGCCAUCUCAUUUAUGAACUCUCACAUUUGGCUUAUGAGACACAAUUUAAUUGCCCAAAAGAUAAGUCCUUGACAUUUGACAUUCCUAUAUGUAAUGAACUUGAAAUAUCAGAUGAAGUAAGAGAAAAUUGCUUGAAACUUGGAAUAAUGACAGAAGAUGAAUGUUUAAGAUUAUCUGUUUCAGAACCAACAAGCUCAUUAUUUUCUUUUAUUCACAAGUCAAUGCAAGAAUUUCUGGCUGCAGUGAAUAUUAGUAUCAGUUUCAAUGCAAAAAUAGGUUCGUCAGAUAGUACAGAUUAUGUUGAACUAGCCAACAAAUUUAUUUUUGAGGUUUUUCGGAAAUGUUCAACAGUAAAUGACAUGUUAGAGCAGUCAAAUGUCGUAAUUAUGCUAUGUGGUCUUGAACCUAGAUUAGCAACGCAUGUUUCAAAAUACAUAUAUGAUACUGUUGCAGAAGACUCUCGUGUUCAGGAUUACAGGAGAACAAUAAGUAGUGACAAUUAUAUGGAUCAUCGUUAUAUCACUGAUAUUCAAAAGCUAAUGUUUGAGUCAAUGGAAGAAUGUAUUGUUGGAAGUAAUCCUUUAUUUUUGAUAGGAGAUUUGGUCAUCAAUACACGGAGUCAGUAUUGUGAUAUGGUUUGUUCAGGUAUUGAUCAGAAACAAAUUGUUCCUGACUCUGUUCUGUCUAUAAAUGUAGGUUAUACUAACACAGAAAAUGUUAAACUGAUAAAAUAUUUACCAAUGUUUCAUCAUCUUGAAAAAAUUAAAAUAACAUGCGAAUCUGCAUCUCCGAUAUUAUUAAGUACACAAAGUAAUAGACAGAUGAUUGAUAAGCUUAACAAUUGUAUUGCCGAGACAAUUAAAGUAAACACUUCAACAUUAAAAUCUUUAUCUAUAAGUGCUUAUAACACUGGUGGGCAUUACCCAGUGUAUAAAACAGUUGUAAGUAACCUACCGAAUAUGAUCAAUCUUGUAGCAAUAAGUAUAAGUUUUAUAACAAUGAGUCAUGAUGAUACUACAACAUUUUGUAAGUUUCUUGAGGAAACCAGUCAUCUUGAACAAAUAGAGCUUGAAUAUGUUGAGUGUAAGUGUAUGAAGCAGCAUGAUGUAAAUUUAUCAAAACAUCAACAACUGCAGUACCUUAAUUAUGAUCAUUUUGCUAAUGUGAUAGAUCUUGAUUCUAACAACCUUGAAAUAUUUGGAUUUGUGAAUUUGAAAGAAAGUAAUUAUGAAAAAAUAUUUGAUAUUAUUAGAAAAUCUUGCAAAUUAAAACAACUUGUUUUAAUUGGACAUUUUCCAAUUAAAUCUCAAUCAUAUCAUAACAACAUAACAAAGAGACUAGGCAGAAUAUUACCAUUGUUACACAAUCUCAGUAAACUUGAGUUAUGGUAUUGCAGGUUAACUGACACUAUAAUACAGUUACCUUUAGAGCUGAAGAGUUUAAAGAACAUUAAGCUUGUUCAUGUAAUAAUGAGUUUGACACAAUGGCAGAAGUUUGUUGAUAGUCUUCCUGGCAUUCCUCAUACUGUAAAUGUGAGUGUAUGGAGCUGUUAUAUAACAGGAGAUGGUGAGAAGGUUAAUGUUGAUAUGUUAACAUUAAUUUUACAAGGACUUUGGGGAGGGAAGGGAAAUGAUGCUAUACAGUAUGUCAAAGAUCAGUAUCAGAUAUUUCAUGUUAAAAAUGAUGAUAAUCAUCGGUUUGACUUUUCAACAAAACAGUUAUAAAGCAUCAACGUAGUUACAUAGUGUUUCUGUCUUGUGCCCUGUCCUGUUUUUGUUUAGGGUCCUCCUGGGCUCCUUGCCGCUGGCUCUUGUUGCUGGGUCGGGUGGGGGUUACGUUCAUUGAACGCCGCCUUUCCUUGUUGAUCUUGUUUAUCAUAUUUUGUACUAAAUGUUUUUUAACCUUUUCAACAAAAAAUUGGUUUGAAUAUUUAACAUAGUGAGAUAGUACUACAUACAGUUAGCAUAGUGUUUAAUCGAAAUUAGUUUUUCAUUUUCAUAAAAAGUGAUACUCAUGAAAAGUAAUUUACAUAUAUUGUUGUAAGGUUAGAAAAUAAAUAUAUUACAUUAAGAAAGAAUAUAAAUCAUCCGAAAUAUUUAUUACUUGUCAUAAAUUUAAACAAAAUGUAUUUAUAAUAUUGAAUUUGUAGGAAGUAUUUUUCAAAUUGUGUUUAUAAAUACAUAAAAGAAAUGCAGAGAAAUAUAAUUGAUAUAUUGACCUUAAUAAUCUUAAGGUAAAAGUUAUUUUUAAAAAUUAGGGAUUUUCUGUAAAUUCAAUAAAACAGAUAUUUGAGUAUACGAUUAAUAGAUAAGUAAAUGAAUUAAUGAAUUAGUGAAGUUAAUAAAAAAUAUCAUAAGUACAAGGUUAGUAGGAAGAUGAUGUAACUUAGUAGGUUGAAAAAGUAAAAUACUUUAUUCAUAAUGCUUUAACUAAGAUCAUUUCUAAGCAUAAUUGGUAAACUAUUUACUUAAAAAUACUUUUUAUGGUAAAAAUAGAAAGUCAGACAGAUUAUAAUAAUCCAGAAUUUGAAAUGAGUUAGGGGUUGAAGUUGUUUUUAUUAUCAUUUAACAAAAUGUUGUUUUUAUUAUCAUUUAACAAAAUGUUGUUUCUAUUAUCAUUUAACAAAAUGUAAUACUAUGGAUACAUGAAAAAUAUAAAAAAUAUAAAGAGAAUGAUAUAUACAUGCAUAAAACAGUUACAUGAUAUAUAUAGGACUAGGGAAUGGUAUAUACAUUGUAUAAUUACCAGUUAAUGAGUUAUAUGAUACAUAGGACAAAGAAGUUGGUACAUAUAAAUACCAGUUAUAUGAUAUAUUGGACAAGGGGAUAGUAUACAUGUAAAUAAAUACCAGUUAUAUGAUAAAUAUAUAUAGGACAAGGGGAUGGUAUAUAUAAAUACCAGUUAUAUGAUUAUAUAGGACAGGGCUGGUGUAUAUAAAUACCAGUUAUAUGAUGUAUAGAAGAAGUGAAUGGUAUAUAUAGAUACCAGUGAUAAUAUAUUUUAUGAUAUAUAGGACAAGUGAAUGUUAUAUAUAAAUACCAGUUAUAUUCGAUAUAGGACAAAUGAAUGGUUUUUAUAGGACAAGGUAAUGGAAUAUAAAAAUACCAGUAAUAUGAGAUAUAGGACAGGGGAUCAGUAUAUAUUAUUAUCAGGGAUAUGAUAUAUAGGAUUAUCUGAUAUAUAGGACAAGUGAAUAGUAAAAAUGAAUUUCCUUACUGUGAAGAGGACCAUAUACUUGUUAUAUUUUAGAGAUUCCUUCAUUGGUUAAUAUAUAUUCUAUAUUUCAAAGAUUAAAAAGUGAGAAAUAUUAUAAUUAUGCAAAACGAUUAAUUUGUACAAGUUAAUACUGUUAGUAAGUACUACUCAAAGUGUAUAGUUAAAGGGUCUCCACUGAGGAUUAUAUUCUCUUGAUUUUUUGACAUAAUAGGAUGGUAGUUAUGUUGUUGAGGUUUCAUACUAUUCAUACUAUUUGAUGAAGAUCUAUUUCAAUAACUUGUAAGGGACAUUUCUGAUUAUUCGCUCACUUUUGUUUUUUUCAAAAUACUAGUUAUAAAAUUAUAGCAAUAGACAUUUAUUGAAAAAGAUAUCUUUCUUGUAUCAUGUCCAACAUUAUGUAUUUUCUAAAUUGUAAAUUUUUAGAUUUUCUCACUGUAUUUAGAAUGAAUAGAUACAACAAGAAAAUAACAUCAUACUGUUCUAUUUGCGCAAAAAUAGUAUGGACGUAUAUUGCUUAAUUGCUUAAAAACUAUCUUAUUUUUUCAGAUGGUGGCAUGCAUAUCAGUAUAGAGAAAUAUUAACGAUAUAUAACAUUUAGAUCUUGUCACUUGAAACUAAAAGAGAAUAGUUUUUUUCUAACGGUUAUGUUAUACAUGUAAUACAAUGUACUUUCAAACUAGAGGAUGCUUUUGUAAAAAAGCGCAUGUCUCCCCCACUGCUGAGAAUAACUGUGAAUGGAAACAGGAAUGGAAAUGGAGAUAAGAUAAUGUAAAUACCCGGUAGUCACUUCAAUGAAGGCUGUCUAUGGAUGGUUUCUAUUGUUAAGGUUGUAUGAGAAGAUGCUUCCUAUGAAGUUUGAGGGUUGUAGGUCAAAAGGAACUCUAGUUAUCAUCCGGAAAUGAGAAAUUGACCAACGGUCACUGUGACCUUGACCUUUGACCUACUGACCCCAAAAACAAUAGGGAUCAUCUGCUCUAUAAGACUAAUCAUCCUAUGAAGUUUGAGGGCUGUAGGUCAAAAGGAACUCUAGUUAUCAUCCGGAAACGAGAAAUUGACCAACGGUCACUGUGACCUUGACCUUUGAACUACUGACCCCAAAAACAAUAGGGAUCAUCUGCUCAAUAAGACCAAUCAUCCUAUGAAGUUUGAGGUCUGUAGGUCUAAAGGAACUCUAGUUAUCAUCCGGAAACGAGAAAUUGACCAACGGUCAGUGUGAC